CGCCCUUAUCUAUGCGCCAGAUUAUUUCUACUUCGAAGGGACUGUUGUAUGGUCUGUUCUAUUGAUCGCUCUGUUGGCAUUUGUCUUUUAGUCCUUUUGGUUUAGCAGUCCAUUCCAUCUAGUGGCAACUGCAUUGCCCCGAGAGCUAUUCGGUGAAUCAAACCAAAACAAUCCUCACACAGCCAGCCAUCCAUGUCCGCGGACCUGUUUGCAGAAUUUGGUGUCAAUACCAAUUCCAGCCAGCCUGCGAAUUCUACGAGUCAGCGACCCGCGAGACAUCAAUCUUCAUCUCUAGUCCCUGACCUGGACUUCUUUGGCGAGACGUCCUCAACAUCAUUCUCGAACCAAGCGAGCCAGUCCGCUGCAGCAGGCACCCAAUGGCAAAGCUCAUCUUGGGACAAGUCAUUUGCAUCGGGACCGGUACAGCAUGAUAGUGGUAACGACGUCCUUUUCGAUGCCACUCUUGAGACUGCAUACGAUGAAAGCGAUGAUUGGGGCGAGUUCGAAACUGCAGAUGUGCCUCCACAACGAGCGCCCGUAGAAGAGCCGAAAUCCAUAAGCACGCUGUCCGCCGUACGCCCGGUCAAGGUGCAAGAGCCCUUCAAUCUUCUAGACUCACCCUCGAUUCAAAGUGUGCCGUCAGUGUCUGCUAAACAGACCGUUGCCAUACGACAGCAAGGCAACGCUCAGAAGAUUCGCAAGGAACCGCCGCGUCUGACACCGUCACUGUCCACUGAAGAUGACCCUUUCGAAGAUUGGGGUGACUUUGUCGACGGGCCAGCUACAGCACAGAGUCAGGCACCGGACCGAAAGGCACCAGCUUCGAGGACACAGCAUGGAUCUGCUUUGAGCAGAACAAAUCCAUUGCACACUACAACUAGCGCUACGAACUCCGGUUUGAAGUUUGCAGUCCCCAGCUCCACAACUACGGCAGAUCAAGUCCGUCCAACCAACAUACCACCGCCAUCAGUAUUGCUGGAGCUGUUCCCUCAGGUGCUCGAGCAACUCCGACAUGAGGCCACGGAGGCAAGGAAGAACAUGCAGCACAGAGAUAAAGUCGAACGUGCAGCGUGGUCAAUUCAGAUUACGCUGAGGACUGCCGCUCGAGUGGUUGCGGGCCGUACCUUACGAUGGAAAAGAGACAAGAUUCUAAGCCAGAGCAUGCGCAUUGGCCCGGCAGGCAAGCCUGGGGGUAUGAAGCUCAGCACGGUUAACAAGAAUGAGGAUGUCAAAGAGCAACAACAGGCUGUGGAUGUGCUCACCAUGUGGCGUGACAGGGCGGCACUUUUCAACUCUAUCAUCCAGGCUUCCGGAAAUCGAACAGUUCCUAUCAUUCAGGAGAACGUGCGGGCGAUGACGCUUGGUGCCGACCGCGGCGCACUCAAAGCAUCACAUGCCUGUGCUCUCUGCGGAUUAAAACGAGAUGAGCGGUUGCCCAAACUCGACGAAAAUGUGGAGGAUAGCUUCGGCGAGUGGUGGACCGAACACUGGGGUCACACCGACUGCCGGCAGUUCUGGGAAAAUAACAAGACUCUACUUGGUCAACGAUGAAUGUAUAAAUACGCACGAUACUAGGUAGCUGGAAACAGGGCCCGGGGUGGAUAAUGACCAAUGCG